AUGGCCGAGAAAAGGAAACGUAGUCAAAACUUUACAUCGGAAGAGAAAGACAAACUCGUGAAGUUAUUAAUGGAUCAUAAAAAUACAAUUUUAAACAAAAAAACUGAUGGAUGUACGAACGAAGCCAAGAUCUUAGCUUGGAAUCAGCUUACGGCAUCUUUUAAUGCUACUGGCACUGUAUACAGGACAAAGGAAUCACUUAUAAAAGUAUGGGAAAAAAUGAAGAGUGAGAGCAAAGUGUAUUAUAACUCCUCACGAAGGAGUGCAGUUCAAACUGGUGGUGGACCAUCUUUAGUAAAGACUGACCCUAUACUAGAACAGGUGUGCAGUAUUCUAGGUCGGGGCUGUUCUGGUAUAGAUGGCAUAAAUGACAGUGAUGCUCCAACUUGUCUAGCUGAAACCACCAUCAGUGUAGAGGAAAGUGUUCCUAAAAUCUUUGUUUUUGAUGACUUAACAAACAGUGGAACUAUAAAGCUAGCAACUGAAGUUCCAGAAACGCCAAAGGAUGAGGUUCCAAAAGAAAAUUUUAUUACCAGGACACCAGUGUGGUCAAGAAGACGGCCUGUAUCAUCUCAUACAAAUGAGAGAUCUGAUGCAAUGAAUACAAUUUCUUCUAGUUAUAAGAAUGUAAAUAAAAAAAAAGAAGAUGUGGAAAAUCUUAAGCUAAUGAUUCUCAAAGAAGAAUUAGAAGCCAAACAAAAAUUGAACCAAUUGCAGCUUCAAGCGGCAGAAAAAGAUAUCAUUAUUAAGGAUCUAGAAAUAGAAAUAAAACAAGCUGUACUGGACCAAGUUAGAGGUGGUGGCUUAGCUCUUCAACAUCUAUUUGGGACUCAGGACAAAGAUUUAAAAAAAUAA